CCCGUGUUUGGGAUCUAGCCACAAGAUGGCGGACAGUUCAAGUUUUGUGUGUGCGUGAUGCUGAGGUUUCAGCUACUCUGCGCUCCAUCUGAGGGGAAAACUGGUGAAAUAAAGACAAGCAAGGAUGCUCUGCCCCAUCUGCGGUUGCUGGGUGGAUUCUGAAGAGCGUCUGCACGAGCAUUACCUCAGUAACUGCCCGGGAAAUCCAGGUGAUGAUAUGGAGAAACCAGGAGUUUCUGUGAGGUUCCUGUGGAACAGAACAGUCACCACCCUGGCUACUGAGGUGUUCCUGCUGUCUGACUUUAGCAAGGACCCCAUGCCUUUACAGUGGAACAUUCCAGACGACGUGUUUGAGUCAGAGUUGGUAUCUGUUCCGGUUGGACUGCACCAAUGCCAGCUGGUUGUAGGGGAGGACGUCCACCCUGUUAAGAAGUUUGUAGUGGAAGAGGCCACCAGAGAAGUUCCCUUGGAGAUCCUCUCAGACAUUGCCAAAGAUGUGGACAGGGACUCUGUAGACACUGAUUCCUUGGACAGAUACAGCGGGAGUUCCGUCAAGGACACGAAAAGUUCCGUCAGGUUCUCGGACAGCUUAAUAAGGGACCAACCAGGCGCUGUUGGUGGGGUCAGCAGACCAACAGCCAAUGGGAAGCCUCCUCCUUGGAGUGUCAAAGGUCGCGCCUUGAUCCAGGAGAAACUUGCAGCCAAAGCUGGUCUUUCCGCCAUGGAUGGCGGUCGGUCUUACAGCCAGGACGGUCGGUCGAGCACGUCCAGUAUCGUGGACAGGUAUAGCCGCCCGGGGAGCGGGAACUUGAACGGCUACGCGGGACUUAACGGGAUAAACGCAAACGGCGACCGUUUGUCGGGCAGCCGCGGCAGCACCCCCCCUGCAAGUGUCACCAGCGAACAGGAGUUGUCACAGUACUUUGACCAGGGGAGGGGGGACGCUGGGUAUCGUGGUGGCACCGGUAGGGGGUCUGUAGACGACGCUGCUUCUCACCAAUCCCGGCAUUCGCGGUCGUCCAGUGCGCGCAGUUCCGUCCGACAGAGCCCGGUAACACUUCCAUCCAGCUCUGAGCAGGUCAGACCGCGGGAAUACGGCAAGCGAUCCAGCAGCGUUCCGACCGUGCAGGACAUAGACAGAUUCACUUCUGACAAAAGGAGCUACACGCCGGACACUUACUCACGAUUGGCUAACAGCUCGACGGCUCAGCCAAUAGCGCUGAGUCCUCUGGUGACCACCAGGACGGCGCCAGUCACUUCGACAGUUUCCCGUAGCUCGUCCCAUAGGAGUACGCCAUUGUCAACGCAUAGCAGUAGGCUGACCAAUGGUGGUGUAGAAAAUGGACACAGACAGAAUGGUGACCCAAGUGGGAGGGUGCAGCAGUUGGAGGAGGAACUGGCCAUGACCAAAUCACAGCUGACCGACAUGGAUAGGGAUUAUACACACCUGUCAGAACAGUUACAGCAGGAGCAGGACGUCAGGCUGGGUUUGGAACAGGAGCUCGACCAGAUAAAGAGGGACCAGCACAACGGCGCCGCCAUGGAGAUAGUAGAGCUUGAGAGGAAGUACAGUGACAUUCUGCGUGAGAAGGAAAACCUCGCGACAGAGGUGUUCACACUUCGGCGGGCGCUGGAUGAGUCUCAGUCCGCCUCCAGACAUCCCGGGGAGAGCUCCUUCACAGAGUACGACCCCAACAACCCCACAGUGCUGCUGAAGAAGAUAGAGGACAUGGAGAGCCAGAUGCGUGACCUACAGGAGGCAAACGAGUGCGCGGUGGGCGAACUUUCCCGCGCCGAGCAGGAGGUCGAGAAGGUCAGGGAGGAGAACGAGAGUCUGCGGACGGUCAACGACCUCAGCAUCGGGGACCUGCGGGAGGAAAACCAGAACCUCAAGGAACAGAUUGUCCUGCUGACUAAGCAGCAACAGCAGCACUCCCACAACCAGCUGUUCAACACCUCUGACCUUGGGCUGGACGAGGAGGUCAAACAGCUUCGCCAGACGUGCCGCCAGCUGCGCGAGAAGAACCACGAGCUGAACGAGGAGAACCUUCGUCUGCGGGACGAGCUGCGCGACAUGCGGCGGAAACGGGAGCGGGCGCAAAGUGAGCGCAGCGGCUACAGGCUGGGUGACUCCUGGGGUUCUGGUGCAGGUGACAAGUCGGAGCUGCAGGAAAAGAUGGAGCGGUACAAGCAGGAGCGCCAGGCUGCCCGCGACGAGGUCAACGCCCUGAACUCGGAACUCACCAAGGUCAAGGCACAGCUGUCCGUCUACACGGCAAACACCCCCAGAAUAUUGGACCAGUCCAUAGGCAUCUCCAGUCCCAAGAUUCAUAGCACUCCGACCAACGUGCUCCCGUCCAGGUUUGACCCCUCACCCCUGAUCGGGUCAAAGUUGAACGGGAGCGUGGAGGACCAUCACCACAGCCGAAGGUCGUUUGAGAGGAAAACUCCGCCCUCUGCUUAUAAUGGUUGGGACGCUAAAGAUGCCCUGGACGGUUCCCCCCAGUCCGAUGCGUCUGACUCCACCACCCUACUGCUGGCGCCAUGGCGACCACACGAGGGCUUCGGAGCGACCGACGACGCUGAGUCAUUGGUCGGGACAGACACUGGACUGGGCAGCACUAAAGAGUCUAGUGCCUUCUCUAGUCAUCCCUACCCUGAUGCUGAUGGCUACAGUAGUACAGACAUAGAGUCUCACUCAGUCCCUUACCGAGAUGUUCACCCCAUUGGGUCAUCUAAAGGUCGUCGCCGUAGCAACUCCAUCUCGUCCAGUAGCGACAUCUCGUCAUUUGACACCGACACAGACAAGGACUACGGUCGUUUCUCCAGCAAGGCACGGCAGAGACGGUCAGGGUCGGGCGAGAGGAGCCCAAAGUCAAGGAAAGAUUACAUAGGAAAGUCCAGCUCCCUGCAGAGUUUACCCACGAUGAGCAGCGACACGGAGGGCCUUCUGGCAGAACCACCGACAGGCCGCCGCAGCAAGCGCUCCUCUCCACGCGGGCCAUCCCCGCCAGGCUUCCGCAGUGUCAGCCCCAAGGCUAUCACUACACAGCACAACAGGGACUACCACACCAUGAGUUCCAGCACCCCAAAUCUGAGCGUGCCCUCCCGUCCGCCGUUCGUGCCCCGUUCCCCAGGCGACGUGCAGGUCGGGUACAAGUGUAAGUUCUCGCGCCCUGGCGGGAAGAUCAGCAAGGGAAGCGUCAUGUACGUGGGGCACCUGCCAGGGCGCAGUGAGGCUUACCUGGGCGUGGAGCUGGACUCCGAAGAUGGAAAGCAUGAUGGUGUGUACAAUGGACAGAGAUUCUUUGUGUGCAAACCAAAUAAGGGCGUGUUCGUCAGUUUCAACAAAGUCAUCAUGGUGUGGGGAUGACCAACUUGAACAGCAGGGGCAGGACAUUCCAGACCAACACCUUCCAGCCUAACCUCCAAGCAGACGUGUGGCUUCAGCUUCAUUCUCUCACAUCUUUCCGUCUUUUUGUAUGUACUUUAAAUAGUACCAUUUUAUUACCUUACGGAAAAACAUACCAGUACUUAAUAGGCAUGCAAAACAGGGGCAAAAAAAUUCAACAGAAACAAUUUGAGGGAAAACAUCGUAGAACAUAGAUUGAAGCGACUUCUAGAUGACACUUUGUCUUGGGAACAUCGUCAACAAACCAGACAAUGCUGUACCAAGUCCUGUUGGAACAGACUUUUAUGCAUCAGCUAGGAGCAUGUACUUCCAAGUAGAGUUGUCAUCAUUAAGUUUUACCUAAAAGUCUGGUGUGAAGAACAUUUGGACCCCAAGGGAUAACCUUAUACAAGACCACUCUUGUGUGUGCAGAACAAUGAUAAUGUAUAUUUUUAUUCUAUUGUUGUUGACACUAUACUGGGAAACCUUAUCCAAUGCAGUUGGCAGGUCCCUGUGUUCAUUCCAUGUUGAUCCAUGUGUGCUGUUCAGAACUUCUCAAAACUUACUUAGAAUAAGGCCAAUGCCAUGACAACUGAACAUAGAUUAAUAGAGAACAUGAUCUAGCAAAGGAAAUCAGGAUUCAAAAUUUAUUUUCAAAGUUCCAAUUUCCUAGGGCAUUGUGUUAUUGGUUGUACAGCAGUCAUGUUGAAGAGCAUGCUACAUACAUUUGUAUACCUUCUAUAUUAUAUUUUCUAGCAUAGUUCAUGAGGGUAUUGAUAUAUAUUUGACUUUGGAAACAUGUUGUGCAGACCAGCAUUGACUUGACAGAAUGGCUACAAAACUUCACAACUUCUCAUUAAAAAAAAGAAAACCUCACAAUCAUUCUACCUGUAAAGAAAAUGAUGUUGAAUUCUGUAACAGUUAGAAUUCUGCUCAUUUCUUGUGUAGCCCAAGUAGGGUAGUUACACAUACUGUGAAAUAUUGAGGUCCAGGUAUUCUGGUACAUUUUUGUACAUUCCAUGAUUCAAUCACUUCUCAACAUUAGGUACCAUUGUUUUUAGCAGUAGAAUGUUUUAGAUAUAUUUUUCAUAUUUUAUCUCAGACUGUCAUUCCACUUUUUAUUUCUCUACAUAAGUUUAACAACGUCCCUGCAAAGGUAGCAGUUUCGCUCCAAAUGUGAAUAGUUUUUAGGAAUAGGUAUAUAGCAGGGAACAGGUCAAGAAAAGAUUACAUUUUUAAUAUCAUUGCAGUUUUUAUGAAUAUGUUAAACAUUCAAUGAAAUCAUUGUCUUUCAAGAGUAAUUGUUCAGUAUUAAGAAUAAUUUUACCAGGUUAACUUUGCACACAACCAAUGUUUGUUUGCAUACCGACUCUGUCACCUUCCUAGUCUCUACCAGACUGACUUUGCUGGAUAUUAUAGGGAGAAGAAUUUGCCAAGGGAGUUGGGCUUAUAACCUUAGCAAGGAUUGACUCCUCUGGCCAAUUUCCUGAUUUUCUUUUUACCAAAUUCUACAAUCCCCAUACGCCCUAGGAAGGCCUGGUGGAGGCUAGAAUAUUACACCAACUAGUUCUACUUCACACCUGUCAGUAUUGCCCUGAGGAUGAUGGCAGAUGGUCGCUGAAAUGAUGUCAUGUAAAAAAACGUUGGUUGUGUGUUAAGAAUUUUGCUAACCAGCAACUGUUCAGUAGUGUUUGUAGCCAGUAAAUAUUUGGCCAUUGAAGUGCCAUGAUGGAAACUAUGUGACAGGUUAUUACAACCUUACUGUUUACAUAUUUGACGGUGUAACUUGUUCAAGAUACAUUCACAAUGCUAUGCUAAAUACAAAUGUAACUUCAAACAGGAAGUGUUAACGUUCAGACAAUAAUUAAUUACCCAGCUGUUGAUUGUGGCCAGAGAUCACAAAAAUAUUACUCUCAAUGUGUCAAGCUAUUGCAAUGCUUUCUGUAAGUACAUUUCAAUCAAGCCAAGACAUUGCUAUUUUUGGACAUAGAUUUAAUCGUUACUGCUGGCUAUGUUUUUAGUGGUUUGUGUUUGAAUGGGUGCGGUUCAAACUCUGCUGUUCCAUUGGUUGGUUAUGACCUCUCACGACCCUUGACCUCUACUAGAUGUCAGUGUGUUUUUGUACAUGUGUUUUUAGAUGUACUGUUGGUGUCGGGUAAUGUUGUUGAAAAUAACGUGCCAAUCGUUUUAAACUAAAUCUGGUGUAAAUAUUAUUGUAAUUUCAAUGAAAGUACAUAUUUUACUACAAUGGGAAAAGUAUUUGUCUUUUUAAAAAGUUGGUGAAUGAUUUUUCCUGGUUCAAACGUUAUCCUGUUCUUUGUGCCGAAUCAUUAUAAUUGCAAGGCACAACUCUUAAAUUGUGUAAAAUCUCUUCUAGAUUUACUAUGUCCAUUGAUGAAGUAAAGAUUUGUGUCA